AAUCACCAAGACGUGCAAAACAAUCUUGUGGUUUUGGUGGAUUAUAAUACUUCCCUCACCACACAGAGAGCCCAUAACUAUUGGACCGGAGCAAAGGCUCGUCUUUUCCAACGUCUAGCCCUCCCCACUUCAACCUCCAAGGGAGAAGUUUCAACGGAUUGUGCAGCUUUGGCAAUGGAAGCAAAUACGGACACUGAGCAUGUGAUGACAAUUGAGGGAAGGGUUUCACCAACUAUGCAAAUUGAUCCAAGAAGAGCUCGGUUUCCAUGCUGCAUCGUGUGGACGCCCCUUCCUAUAAUUUCAUGGCUGGUUCCUUUCAUUGGCCACAUUGGCAUAUGCAGAGAGGAUGGAGUAAUCUUGGACUUUGCAGGGCCCAAUUUUGUGUGUGUGGACAACUUUGCAUUUGGAGCAGUGACCCGCUACCUCCAAAUUAGCAAAGAAAAGUGUUGCAUCUCUCCCGAUCCGUCCUCAUACGAUAGUGAGAAUGGAUACAAGCAGGAUACACCUGGACAAGACGGAUUGACUUGGGAUGAUGCUCUACAAAAGAGCACUCAGGAAUUCCAACAUCGAUCGUACAAUCUCUUUACUUGUAAUUGCCACUCUUUUGUAGCAAACAACCUAAACAGGUUGGGCUUUCAUUCGGGUGGGUGGAAUGUGGUGAACCUCGCCACUCUCAUUUUCCUCAAGGGUCACUGGGUGAGUACAGCCUCCAUGGUGCGAUCUAUUUUACCAUUUGCUAUUGUAUUCACCCUCGGGCUCGCAUUUGGAGGAUCAACCUUCCUAACUUACUUGGCCUUUUUCACCUGCAUUCUUGUUGGUUGGUUUCUGCUCGGUACUUACUUUUUUAAGAAUUUGAUUCAGUUGUAGAAUUUCUGUUGUUGGAAUAUUUGAUGUGUACAAACUGCAGUUCCAACAAUUUUCUUUUAAUUUCCAUGUUGUAUAUGCAAAAUUGCAAGAGAAUACUUCCGACCGCUUGGACAUCUUAGAUAAGUAGCAUUAAUAUUUUUUUAACCUUUUGAACCAA